AUGGCCAAUAAUGCAUUGUCGCCUGGUGGUAACAGGGAAAUUCUAAGAAAGAGUAGCAACAGAGACAAACCCGGAGGAAAUGAAAACAAAAAGAGGACGGAAAACCAAAGAGACGGAACAAGGUCAGUACAACAGAAUGCAACUAGCCCCGCAGCAUUCACUGUUCGCCACUCGGAGGAAUUCGAAUUCUAUCCUCACUCAUUGAGGCGAUAG